AUGGCCAAGCCAGUGAUCGUUAUCGUGCCCGGCGCUUGGCAUCGCCCCAAGCACUUCCAACAUCUUAUUGACAGACUCACCAAACUCGACUAUGAGGCUGUCGGCGUGACACUUCCAUCUGUUGAUUCUAGCCCGCCUCACCAAACCUGGGAACAAGAUGCGCAAGCAAUUCGCAAAGUGAUUGUGGAAUACCUUGAUGCUGGGCAGGACGUCCUUACACUCGCCCACUCGUUUGGUGGCAUUUCCAUGUCUGAGGCUGUCAAGGGACUGGGCAAGAAGGCCCGCGAAAAGGAAGGUUUGAAGAAUGGCGUCGUUAGACUGGUCUACAUGUGCGCAAUGGCACUGCCUGAAGGCAAGACACACGUGGCCCAGAUCACGCCAGUGACUCCCGAGGAAGAGGAGAUUGAGCGACACCGCCAGGAAUUGCAGAAGAAGUAUGGGGCAAUGAAGUUUACAGAGGACGGAGCAAUGCUGCUUGACAAAGUUGGCAUCCGUGAUAUCUUCUACAAUCGGUGCGAUCCUAAAGACGUCGAUGAAGCGGUCGAACUGCUCGGUUCAUUCCCCGCGGGACCUUUGACGGUGCCCGUCACCUAUACAGCCUUCCAUGAAAUCCCUAGCACAUACAUCGUCACCCGGAAUGAUUUGGCUUUACCGGUCUCCUACCAGGAGAGAAUGAUCUCCCAAGGGGAGGGGGCUUUCACCGUUGAACGAUGCGAUGAGGGCCACUCGCCAUUCCUGAGUAACCCAGACUUCAUCGUCGGUUGUCGGCGACAGAACUCCAGCUGCGACCCUUGCCGACGCUCCAAGCGACGUUGCUUCUUCCCACAAGAUGGUUUACGGGAUGCAAGUGGCGCCUGCACACAUUGCAGACGUCUAGGUCAUACAUGCACCUUCGACUUUGCUGCAUCCCAGCAGAGCUCGAGGCCCAGAAAGAGACAACGGCGUAAUCCGCCAAGAUCCAAUCAAAUUGCGGAUCAAAAUGAUACAUAUUUACAAAAAGCAACAUCCGAUACUUUUGCGGAUCUUCUGGAGUACACACCUCAAGCUGGCUCCAUGGACGGGCAAGACGAACUUGGUUCAUGGCUCAACCUGGAUAUCGACAAUUGCUUCGGCGACAGUUUCGUCUCUCCCUUUACCGGCGAAACCAGUACAACUCAACAUACGGUAUAUCGUUCAGGAUCAUCGGCAACAUCCGAAGCCGGGAAUGAACGUCGAAUUUCUCUUCUGCCAGAUCGCUCGCACGCGAAGCAGUCAUUUUCAUACAGAGCAGAUGCUAUCUUCGGGAGCACCAUACACAGUCCGGUCUACCUAUUAAACUCGAAAAUGAAUGCCGGGAUCUUAGAUGAACGUCUUAUUCGGAUAUUCGAUACUAUCGUGACAGGUUCUGCGACCAGAUUUCUUGACUACGAUUGCAAUCUAUACGCGACGGGGAGUCGCUAUCAGAUAGAAAAUAGCAGCCCAGAGAGCUCCCAGAAAUCAUUGCCCGCAGUUAUGAAUGCCUUGACGGAUGGAACAAUCGUGGAAUCUCCGAUUUUGUCACCACAGAUGUCCGCUAAUGCUUCAGUGGACUAUAAUCAAGACUCGGGAGAAGCAAUGACGCAUGCAAUUAUUCCUACGCCGGAUGACGACUUCAAGAUGACGCUGCUGGGAUGUGCUCGUUUCUUGGAUCAUUUUGGUGACUUCUACGGCAACCGAUUGAGCCCAGCUGAGCGAAUGAAGUCGGAUGCAGCCUUGAAUUCAACGUUCCGAGCAUUUGCGCUGCAGUGGUUACCAAACGGCAGCUCGGAUGGAGCACAAGCAGCAAGGAAUACGUCGUUAGAUGUUUACACUGAUGCAUGGUUUCGAGCACGGUCAUCAAUCAAUGACGCUCACUCUGUUCGCUCGUUCCGCGUCGUCUUUGCGUGCCUGAUGUUCAACGGCAUCGUUAUUCCAAAAUCGGCCCAGUCACAUGCUAUAGCUCAUAAAUUUCUUGAUACGGGUUUGCAAAAGCUUCGUGAUCUGGACGGGCUUGUGAAGCAAUAUUGUACAACACUGGGGCCUUUUUCGAAGUAUGCAGCCCUCACAGAAGCCAGUUUGAGUCUUGUCCGCUGGUGCGGGUACCUUCGUGAUACUGGAGCCGCCCUCCUUGGCGAUCACCAAUGCAAACUGCCCGACCCUUUUGUUCAUUCAAAUGCAUUUACAAGCGACGGCUCGACUCCAACGCAUCCCAUUUAUGACAAUCUCAGAGAGCUAGACUUGAGCGUUCCAAUCAUCUGUCGAAAGGCAUCUGCAGAGGCAUUUAGCAUUUGGAGACAGAUUAUCAAAGUGAAAAUCUCUCUGCAUAAACUACCCGAUAGCAACUUUGAUCCCAACUCGGACAUUUUCGAGUCAAUUAUCGAAACGCUGGCCGCCAUUGGAAAAUUUGAUGAGGCUUUUAGGCAAUUUCUGAACAGCUGCAGAGAAAAGUUCCACAGCCUUUCUAUUUCAUCGAGGAUUGCUUCAGUUUCUCUUAUGGCCUUCUGGGACCUUGGUGUCCUCAUUUUCGCCGAAGUACUCCAACCUCUUGCGGACAACUCUAUCUCAGACGUUGUUUCCAAAAUGCAAGCCUAUCGACAUGAUGCAACGGCAUCUAUUGCUCAAACCAUCGAGUGUGUACACCACUUGCCCAUCGACGAGGCAUUCAACCUUCAAAAUGGGUUAAGUGCCCAGGUCCCUCUCAUCGCCUACCAUGUUACUCCGAGUUUAAUGGCUACUGCCUUGGAAAAAGCUGUGGAACACGCUAUUCAAUUGAAUAUUUUUGAAUCCUACGAUGACGAAGCAGCUGGCACUGCGUGGGGUCCUGACCGAGAGGUAUGGGCACAUCAAAUUGACGUCCUAAUGAAAGGACUUCUUUCUCUGGAUGCAACCGUUGGCGGGUCUCAGACGGCUGGCGUUGCUUUUCAAUCACUGAUGCGAAAGUACGGGGACAUUAUUUCUGAGUGUUGGACCUCCAACUUUGCGGCAUAG